ACAGCAAAUGUGACAGCGAUGUAAACAGAAUUGAAGCUGAGCGCUGAGCGAAUUUUUGCUCGUGUUGGCCAUUGAUCUACAAAUUUCGUGAUCCGCGGAACGAUUUUGUACAGUUUUUUGACCAAAGACGAAGUGCUCAACAAAGCCCAUGAACAGGCGGCUACCACUGAAGCUCAAAGAGCUUUCGGAAUGCUUCCGAACUCGAACGUUGGACCCAGUUUCAGCAACGGAGCAAACACUUCAACUGGCCAACCGACUCCAGCACCUGAAUGCCUUUAUCCGCACAUCGCCGGAAAAAGCCCUAGCUCAGGCGGAAAAAUCCUCCACGCGUCACAAAACCGGUAAACCUUUGAGUCUGCUGGAUGGCGCCCCGAUAGCAGUGAAGGACAAUUUCUGCACAAAGGGAAUCCACACAACCUGCGCGGCACGGAUGCUGGAAAAUUUCGUUCCGACCUACAAUGCCACCGUUUAUGAGCGGUUGGCCCGAAACGGAGCAGUUCUGGUGGGCAAAACCAACAUGGACCAGUACGGAAUGGGCUCCGGAACGGUGGAUUCCAUCUUCGGUCCAACGAAGAAUUACUGGGAUGCUGUCGAAGGGGAAAGCGAUUUCCGGAUUGCUGGUGGAAGUAGCGGAGGCUCGGCAGUCGCGGUUGCUUCCGGAAUAUGCUUUGCCGCUUUGGGUUCGGACACCGGAGGCUCAACUAGGAAUCCGGCUUCGUACUGCGGAGUCGUUGGUUUCAAGCCCACUUAUGGACUUCUAUCUAGAUACGGCCUAAUUCCGCUAGUCAAUUCAAUGGAUGUGCCCGGAAUUCUUACCAGAACUGUAGACGAUUGCUUGGCCGUUUUCAACGCAAUUGCUGGACCGGAUGACAGAGAUUCCACCACGACUAAAACCUUCUUCAAACCAAUAUCGUUGCCGGACGCUUCAAAAAUUUGCCUCAAGGGGCUGAAGGUUGGAAUCCCCAUCGAAUAUCACUGUGAAGGACUUUCGGACGAGGUUCUCACUACCUGGGCCAAAGUAGCUGAUAUGUUGGAAGACGCAGGGGCCUCUGUCCACCCGGUUUCCCUUCCCUACACGUCGGCAUCGAUCUUCGUCUACUCGAUUCUAAAUCAAUGCGAAGUUGCAAGCAACAUGGCCCGAUACGACGGGAUUGAAUUUGGUCACCGGUCCGAUGAAGAUGCCAGCACCGAGCAGCUUUAUGCCAAGUCGCGAGCGGAAGGAUUCAACGGAGUGGUCAAAAACCGAAUCCUAUCGGGAAACUUUUUCCUCUUGCGGAAGAAUUACGACAAAUACUUCGAAAAGGCUUUGAAGGUGCGACGCUUGAUUGCCAACGACUUCGAUCGAGCCUUCCAGGAAGUGGAUAUUCUGCUAACCCCCACAACUCUCAGCGAUGCUCCUCGUUAUUCGGAGUUCAUUCAGAGCAACAACCGAGACCAAUGUGCGGUGCAGGAUUUCUGCACCCAGCCGGCCAAUAUGGGAGGCAUUCCGGCGCUCUCGCUACCGAUAAGGCUUUCGGAACAACGACUUCCUAUCAGCUUACAGGUGAUGGCACCAAAUUUCUCCGAAAAACGAUUGUUCAAAGUCGCCAAAUGGAUAGAAGAGCAAGUUAAGUUUGAAACAAAUUAUAAUUAGUCUUUAAAAUCAAUAAAAAAUAGUCAACUAGUUUUCUAACGAA